GGCGUUGGGCCGCGGCACCGGCCGGGUGUGCGGGGGGCGGCAGGGCCCGGGGCUGCCAUGGAAGGGCAGCCAGGUCCUCCAGCCUGCGAGCCCCCCUUUUCGCAGAGGCUCUCCCCUCUUUCCAGAAGAGAUGGGUCUGAAGAUGAAGAAGAGCAGGAGGCGGCUCAGGAGCAGGAUGCAGCUGGGAUGCAGCCAGGAGAAGAGCUGGAGGAAGGCUCCCUGGAGCAGCUAGGACAAGCUUCUCCACGCCGCUCGGGACGGUGCUGCCGUGGUCAGGGCUCUCUCACCCCUCGGGGUGCAUGCAGGCCUUGCCAGAAGACUGAUGAGGACGAGGGGGCUUCCCCGUGCCACCAGGCACUGGGGGAACUGCGGCCAUGCCGGCGGAAGCACCGGCUAUGCCUAAAGCCUGAGACAAGCCGGACCCCACCAUCCCCGGGUCGGGGCGAGAGUGCUGAAGAGCCGGGACCCUCCCGGGGGAAGAGGCUGCGGUUGAUCUGGGGCCGGGCAGGUGACUUCAGGCAGAGGAUGAUGGAGAAUGGGCUGGAAGAGGCACCACAGAGCAGUGAGGAAGAGGAGGAGGAGAGAGGGUCUCGGUCCUGCUCCCCUGAGCUGCCCCUUUCUGGCGAUGCCCGACCCAAGCCGGACUUUGUGCAGCUGAUCGAUGAGCGCGGCAUCUACUCCACUGCCAAGCUGGUGCUGGGGAGCGCAGUGGGCGAGCUGGAGGAGGCAGCGGUGGGGCUGCCGACCCACCCAAAGCGGGGAGCAAGCAGUGUCGGCGAGCUUGAGAUUCGUGAGGUGAUCGUGGAUGAGAAGCCCUUCCAGUGCGGUGUCUGCGAGAAGGCCUUCAAACGGGCCUGGGAGCUCUUCAGCCAUGAGGUGGUACACAACGAGGAGCGUCCCUUCCGCUGCGACCUCUGCCAGGCCUCCUUCAAGCGCCACUCGGACUUCAAAAGCCACCGUCUGGUUCACACGGAGGAACGACCCUUCCGCUGUGAGCUCUGCGGCAAGCGCUUCAAGCGUUCCUCCAACCUCCAAGAGCACCGGCGCAUCCACAGUGGCGAGCGCCCCUUCCGCUGCCCCCGCUGCGCCAAGAGCUUCAAGACCCCCUACGAGCUGCAGCGCCACGCGCUCACCCACUGCGCCGAGAAGCCCUUCAAGUGCGCCGACUGCGGGAAGGACUUCCCCACCUCCAACGCCCUCCUCCUCCACCAGCGCCAGCACUGCGACGACAAGCCCCAUGUCUGCGGGGUCUGCGGUAAGAAGUUCACCUACGGGCACAGCCUCAAGGUGCACGAGCGGGUGCACACGGGUGACCGUCCCUUCGUCUGCCCGCUCUGUGGUAAGGGCUUCAAGCAAUCCAACGCCCUCUCCUCCCAUGAGCGGGUGCACACCGGUGAGCGCCCCUUUGUCUGCAAAACCUGUGGGAAGGCCUUCAAGCAGUCAUCCUAUCUGGUAAUCCACGAGCGGGCACACACGGGGGAGCGCCCGUACAAAUGCGAGGUGUGCGGGAAGGCCUUUGCCCGGCCCUCCUUGCUCCUCCAGCACCACCGCGUGCACAGCCAGGAGAGGCCCUACAAGUGCAGCUUCUGCCACAAGUUCUUCAAGGACCUGGCCUACCUGGCCGUGCAUGAGAAGGUGCACACGGGCGAGACCCCCUACAAGUGCAGCGUCUGUGACAAGGGCUUCGCUCACCCCUCCAACCUGCUGCAGCACCAACGCGUGCACCGCGAUGGCUGAGCCCCGGCGUGGCGAGCGCAGACACGGUGUCGCCAGGCCGCGGUGGCUGUCAGCACGCCGCUACCAACAGCGGAUGAGCCCCAGGCUGGGGGACCCCGUACGUGCGCCCGAAGACUGGCGUGGACCCCCGAAAAGCUGUGGCGCUUCUCCUGAGCCCCAGCCCUCUGCCGAACCUGGACCCGUGGCCGUGCUCUCCCCCUCCCUCCGUGGGGGGUGAUCCCAGCAGGACCCUUCCUGAGCGUGUGGGCUGAGGCAGCUGCAAGCUCAUGGCAGGCAUGCCACAGCUCAUGGCACACCACCAGUGGGCAGGCAGGAGCCCUCUUCUUUGCCCUCAUGCAGGGAGAAGGGCUGCGACACACCCCUCCCCUCCUCCUUACAUCAUCCCAAGGUCCCUCUCCCCCCCCAGUCAUCCCAGUGAGCGUCAGCCCCCAGGCUGGGGGCUCCCAGGGAGUCAGGGCACGCUCUUGCCCGCAGUAGGGGACAGACUUGCUGUUUUUUGGGGGCGGGAGACACUACGAUGGUACAGGUGGUGGAAAGGAUCAUGGGGAAGAGUGAGGAGCGGGCACCUCCCUUUCCCACUUAAGCCUUUUGGGGUUUAAAUGUCCCGUCCAUAUCUCAUGCUGCUGCUAAUGACCCGGUUAAUUACCCCCUUUUUUUUUCCUGCCCCAAGGCCCUGGCGGGGCUGGUAGGGAACAGAAGAAAAGGGGGACAUGCUGCUGCCGUCCACUUUUGGGAGCCUCAGCAAGCGAUGCCCAGUGCUGUAAGUUGUUCUCCGACCGCUCCUGGGACUUUCCAGGCAGGAACCUGGAUGGAGUACAGGCAAGCGAGACACAACCAGCCCCCUGCAUCAUUCUCCUCCUCCUCUUGCUUCCCAGAGCUGCCCCCGUGCUGCUGCCAGAGCCUGGAUUUGUCCCCUGUUGGCUUGUGGCUGCUGGGCAGAGGGUGGCACAUGGACAUUUGUUCUCAAGAGCAAGACAAGAGCCCUGUCCUUACCUGUGCUGAUGCCCUUGUGUUGUCCCUCGGACUCCUAGAGAUCCCGGGUCCCACCCUGUCCCCCCUUUUCGUACGGUCCCUGUAGCGCUGGGAACGGGGGGGGUGGGAUGUGUGUGCUCCUUGGCACUCUGCACACUAAUUACAGGAUGGUUAUUUAACAAUG